AUGUGUUUGUACAGUAGGACUACGAUGGCUAUCCGAGUACAGAACCGGAGUUCGAAACCUAUCCAACUGCAGAGAGGUGUAAGACAGGGUGAUGUUAUAUCCCCGAAACUCUUCACCGCUGCUUUGGAAGACGUUUUCGAGCUACUGGACUGGAAAGGAUACGGUAUUAACAUCAAUGGCGAAUACAUCACUCACCUUCGACUUGCCGACGAUAUAGUCCUUAUGGCGGAAUUGCUGGAGGACCUUAGCACUAUGCUCAAUGACCUCAAUGGUGUCUCCCAACGGAUAGGUCUUAAGAUGAACAUGGACAAAACAAAGAUCAUGUUUAAUGUCCAUGUCACACCUAUGCCGGUAGUUGUUGGGGGCACUAUGCUCGAAGUUGUUGACGAGUACGUUUAUCUGGGACAAAUAGUUCCGACUAGGUAA